CUGAUGACUCAGGAGCUAACGGUGCCUCUUUCUGCGAGCUUUCUUUGGGAUGGGACUGCUGGAAGGAGCACACGGGCAGGGUAAAUGCUGACUCCUGAAGAGCCUGCUCCCAUGUUACACUGCCUCUGCAAGUCCGUAGGAAAGCUCCCAGGCAGGGCAGGCGGUCCUGACCUCUGCUGUGGUUAUUCAGGAUAAGCUGUGCUCCAGAGCCCGACUCGCCUCCCCGGUCAGCCUGUGACCACUGUCCCCGCAGACUGUGGCAAUCUCCUUCCAAAGAAUGAAGAAGUCGUGGGUUUGUCCUUCCUCGAACAGCACGUCAGAUCCCGGGAUUAUCUCUGUCUAUAGCCCUGAAGAUCCCACAUGUGACAUGGAAACCCCCUCAGCCUCAGAAAACACAUGCUGCUUUCACUUGAAUUUGGUUGAAAUUUUCUGGAAAGCAGCUAAUCUGUGGAGGAGGUAGAGAGGAUAAAUUGUGGUGCCUCCCUGCCCGAGCUAACAUUCGAGCUCCUCAGGAGAGGCAGAGCAUCACUGUGCUGAGGAAGAGCCCCUGCAUAGCCGCCAUGCUCAGCGUGGGGACAGUCCUGGUGCUCAUGCUGCUCCUCACCUUCUCUUCACACUGCGCAGCAGUCCCUUACACACCUACAGAAUGCUGCUUCAGUUAUAUAAAACAUACUGUCCGAUCUGCUAAUCUGAAGGAUUCCUAUGAGACCUCCAAGGAGUGUUUCCUUCCAGCAAUCGUGUUUGAGACUAAGAAUGGGAACAAGGUCUGCGCAGACCCAAACCUGCCCUGGGUGGUGAAAGCAGUUCAGAAAUUUCAAAAAAAGAAGAGUGCUCAUGCUCCAUGAUCUACAGAUCUACAGCAGAACCCCCAGUUCAGGCUACCCAUCUUUCUGGUGGAAAGAUUUAUACUCAACCUCCUGGAAAGAGACUGUGGCAGGUCCUUGAUGCUGAGAGACGGCACUGACCUACCAGAGACCGGCCCCACGCCAGUCAGCCAGGUAUCAGCUCCUGGGUGCCUGUGCCCUGCCAGAACCCACCCAUGGAGCGCAGCAACGAAAUAAAGGUUUACU